ACCGAAGUUAGUGUGGCAGUGUGUCUCGCGCGAGUCGCGAUAGGGCCGACAUCUGUUGAAGAUCCGACGCACUUGACUAUCACCAACACUACCUCACGACACCACCACCACCAACAACUACGCCUCCUCCUCCUCCACUACCACCACCACCACCACCACCACCAUCCUCAUCAUCAUCAUCACCAACAACAGCGUAGUGACCUCGGCCUCCACGUCCCAACGACCUCAGAGCAGCUGAGUUCCUCGUCUGGCACAGUGCCUCCUUCUGCUGCUGCUGGUGUUGGUGCCACACCGAACACGACAGGAAGGGCUCCGGGAGUGAGAGAGGAGAGAGAGAGAGAGAGCGAGAGCGUGUGAGUGUGUAUGUGAGAUCUCAGCAUUGAAAAACAUCAGUGUUUUGGUUCUGCUGCUGCUGCCAUCUCCCCCUUUCCUUUAAGCAUCCUAAAGUGAACGUAUGCGUGUCAUCCCUCAUCCUCCAUCCUUCCUAGACGAGCACAUCUGGGGCGAAAGAUCCGUCGAUUGAUUGAUAGGUCCGUUUAGGCUUCCUCGGAGACACCAGGCAGCAAACCUCCAUACGUUGGAGAUGAGAGAGGAGGUCUCGAACUAUAGAAAAAGACCCGAGGAAGAAGAAGAAGAGGAAGAGGAGGAGGAAUCAGGAGGAGGGUCGAGAUUUGUGCUCAAGUGUGUGUUGAUAUAGCCAGUGCGCGUGUUUUGACCGUGGCAGGCGGAGGUCUGUUGUCGUCGUCGUCGUCUUCUGCUUAAUUAAAGGGGAACUGGGUCGUCGUAGCAGCAGGUUUUCGUCUCCGAAACUGAACGACGGAAGAAGAAGACCUUCCCCCGCUCCUCGCCGUCGCCUGUUUAGCCCUCUGUCCGGCACCCUACUACAGCCACUACUUCAUUUAGCGCCCCCCAGGGUUGCCUUAUUGAUUUCACAUCAGGUGGCGCCUCUUCGGUCGUGCCCAAGAACGCAAGAAGAGAUUUUUCACGAUCCUGCUGCUGCUGCUGUCAGUUACUAUAACCUGUCUGUCUUGUUUUUCCCUCGUCGUCGUCGUCAGUCUCUCCCCUUUCUCCUCUCUCCGUCACCCAAACUCCAGCUGGGCUAAUAAUUCCAGCUCGCGUUCUGGAGACAUCCUUUCUUUAAUCUCUCUCUCUCUCUCUCUCUCUUUUCUGGUUCAUGGUACGUUUGUGCUUCCUUGCUUGUGAUCGUGCAUGCGAGAGUGAGGUUUGAUAGAGAGAGGCACAGACACAGACACAUACACACACACACACUCCGUCACGCUGCUUGACGAAAGUCUGACUUGUUGAAUUGGUGACGCGCGAGGGCGUGGUGGAGUAGAGCGGAAGGAAAGGAAGGAGGUAAGGAAGGACACAAGGGAGCCCAAAGAAGGUCCUUUUGGACGUUGGACGUCGUCAGUCGCAGGACCUGUCGCAUCUGAAGGAAUAAUAAAAGAGUAUCACCGCCGCCGCCCCCACCCCCAAAUGAAUUAAUGGGCGUGCAGCCAUAGAUAGUAGUGAUGUCGGUGGGUGUGUGAGGGGUGGGGUGGGUGACGACAUUUUAGUGAUGGCCGCCCGCAGUGACGGGGUCAGACUUUCUUCACGCCCACAUUGACGCCAGGCAUGCAGAGUGCAAGCCCAUCGCCGCCUCCGCACCUCAACGCCCCCCUCAGUAACAAUACCGCUUCCACACAUUCCGCGACCAGGCAUUCGGCGAUAGACGUGGAGUGUGAUGGAAGCGGCACAAACAAUGGCGGCUGCAGCAACGCACCCUCCGGGGUGCCGGGCGGGAUGGUGGCAGCCGUCAAGCGGCCGCACCACCCCACCGCGUCCUUCCGGGACGACAUCCCCAGCCACGACCAAGGGUACUUCCGGAAGGACUCCACCAAUCCAGGGGAACUCGCUCCCGCUCCGGGGGAGCGACGUCCUGUCCAGCCCAAGUCUCCCUCCGGCGCCGUUCUGAACACUCCGUCGGAAACUAGAAAUACGUCAGCGACCACAAUUAUCACUACUGCUACUUCUUCUCAUUCUUCUUCCUCUCCAAGGGCGCCUUCGCAGGGGCGCGAUGUCCCCUCGGGCUGCCCCUCCGUAACGACCCCUAGUGUUCAUUCAGAUAGUAAGGACAACCGUUGGCAUAAUGGCGAGUGUAAUAAGUUGAAUAGCAAAGAUGCCGACGGCUUAGUUGACGAGACCGCGGGACUCACCCUCGUGAGCCCUUCCGUCAAAACAGACAGUUCGUCGGUUGUAAAUAGCGAAGGAGGAGGAGGAGGAGGAACUAAGAGCAGUGAUGGAGGAGGAGGAGGAGGAGUUAGUGGAGUAGGUGUAGGAGGAGGAGGUAGAAUUACCCCCAGCGCCCCGCCCCCUCCCGUAGAAAACCCCGACGCGAGCGAGAAGAUCAUCGUGUUCCCGCCCAGCAUGGGCGUCGUCGGCAGCAACGCCACUCCGACGGCGAGCUUGUUCGCCGGGGAGUUCCCGAAGACGAUAGCCAUCCCGACUCCGGGCGGCGACGGCACCAGCUUCACGGAAUACAAACCGGGCAAGGGUGUGUGCGAGGAGCUGCGGCAGCUGUCCCGCGUCAAUUCCCUGGUGGAGAGGGGCUCUCUGGCCAACAUCCGGUCGGCCUCCGUGGACGAAAACGGCCCCACUUACGCCCCUGCGGCGGGUGGGAACGCCGCCACGGUGUCCUCCCGACGGGGGACGCACAUCGCCCGGCUGAUCCAGUCCAAGAGCGUCAACAUGGGGGACAGGCCCAUCUACCCCAACGUGCCCUUCUCGCCCUACGGGUCGCCCUGCUCCUCGCCCCGCCUGAGGCGUCGACCGCUGAAGGAGUCGAGGCGGGUCAGCAUCGAGAAGAACGGCGAAUACACCCAGCUCAAUCAGUACAAGCUCAAAGAAGCCAUCGGGCAGGGGUCCUAUGGCAUCGUCAAGUUGGCGUACAAUGAGGAAGAUGAUACUCACUAUGCCAUGAAGAUCCUCUCCAAAAAGAAGCUGAUGAAGAAACACGGUUGCUUCGGCCGUGCCUGGACCAUCGGGGCUGAAUCCGAGGCUUCCCAACACGUCAGGUCGCUCAGCCCGAACUUCAGACAGGCCAGCUUCUCCCCUCCCACGUAUCGAGUGAAAGGACGGUUGCCACCACAGAGAGCGUCAGGAGGUCGGCCCAUUGAAAACCCUCUCGAUCGGGUUCACAGAGAAAUCGCCAUCCUGAAGAAGCUCAAUCACCCGAAUGUUGUUAAACUCGUCGAGGUUCUCAACGAUCCUGACGAAGACAACUUCUACAUGGCAUUUGAGCUACUCGAAAAGGGCGAGGUCUUAGAGGUGCCCACCGACACGCCUUUGUCAGAAGACCAGGCUUGGGUCUAUUUCAGAGACGUAGUACUUGGUCUGGAGUAUUUACAUUAUCAAAAGAUAAUUCAUCGAGAUAUCAAGCCAUCGAAUUUGCUGCUUGGCGACAACGGCCACAUUCAGAUUGCAGACUUUGGCGUCUGUAAUGAAUUUGACGGCCAAGACGCUUUCCUAACCAAUACUGCAGGAACACCAGCUUUCAUGGCUCCUGAAGCUCUUUCUACGUCACGACACAAAUAUUCCGGAAAGGCAGCUGACAUUUGGGCUUUAGGAGUAACCUUGUAUGCUUUUGUCUAUGGCAAGCUCCCAUUUCGUGAUGAAAAUAUAGUUGUUCUCUACGAUAAAAUUAGAAGCUCCCCUCUCACUUUCCCACCAGCACCGUUUGUCUCUGGUGAUUUAAAGGAUCUUAUAUCGUUAAUGUUAGAGAAGAACCCAAACCAAAGGAUAACACUGCCAGAUAUUAAGGAACAUCCAUGGGUUACUGCGGGUACUCAGUAUCCCUUACCAAGCGAAGAAGAAAAUUGUGUUUUGAUUGAGGUUACAGACGAAGAAGUACAGAGUUGUGUCCGUUCCAUUCCAAAGUUGGAGACGCUUAUUCUUAUUAAAUGUAUGCUCAAGAAACACAGCUUCCAGAAUCCAUUCAAAAUGAAUGUAUUCGUCAAGGAGCAGUUUGCACGAGCCGGACGGUCUCACUCGGCGCCUGGUUCGUAUGAGUUCUACUUGGACAGGAAGAGGUCGCUCGAUACUUCACUCCCAGCAGUAGAUGAACUGGAGGUUAGUCCGGAAAUGAGCCCUGAAGGUAGAUGAUGUGAUGGGCCAAGGGAGGUGUGGUGCAGACAGUGAUGCAAUAAUGAGAGCAGGCGGUGCAAACCUAUUAAUGAAGAAAGUUUACCAGAUGCACUGGUACUGCUGUUUGCCAGGCUUUCAUGUGAGACAAAACCUAAAAUUAAUUUCAGAGGGUUGGGAUUAGGUUGUAGAUAAGGCUAUACAUGACAACUGACAUUUUUCAUUGAAAAAUUAUGCUCAAAGUUACAUAAAUUUUAAGAAUUUGAGAGCAUAAAAUUCAGGACUCGGAUUUGAAUAUAAUAAUGACAAAUUUGUAAAUUUUUAAAUGUUAAAAAAGUAUAUUCUUUAAAAAUACUAAUACAAAUAAAGAAAUUUUAGUGAAAAACAACCUUUCAAUUGGCUACUUUUGUUGCCCAAUUUUUUUCUCCAUAAAUUGUGCAUGUGACUACCCAGAUCUGCUAAAUUUGAGCAACUCAGGCACUUGACAUCAGAAAAGUAUUACAGUAAACCAACAACUUCAUGUAUAGCUUGCCAAAUUCUACAUGGUGGUGCUACGACGUUGGCUUAGUUUGGAUUUUUGGCUUACCUUGUAACCUCCACUUCUGUGAUGUUCUGUUGCUAAUAAAUAUUUGACAAUCUUUUGGGGGAGUGAAGUUGUGUUAAAAGUUAUUCUAGGGGUGUUUUCAAGCAGUGAUAUUUGUGUUUUUAUAUGAUAUCCUUAAUAUAUUUAUAAACUUUAUAAAUGUAUUGUACUGUAUUUUAAAACACAGAAGCAUAUUCAAUCACUAUGCUUCCUAUGAAUUUGUUGAAUCAUUAACUAUUUACACACUAAUUAUAAUGUUGCUCUUGGGUAAUUCUACUUAUAAUCAUCCAAGUUAAUGUUCUCUAUAUUAUGGGUAUGACAUGGUUGUUAUUGAAAUUGUUUGAAAAAAUCUAUUUCAAAAUGUAUUAGAUUUCCUCAAAUUUUGGUUAUUUCCAUCUAGCAGGUUAAGAAAAUUAUGGAGUGUGGUUCUAGUUAGGGAAAAAGCCUCAUGAAGUAAUUAUAUUGGUAACUGUCAUACAGUUUUACUCAGGAAACCAAUAGGAAAAUAACAUGUCAUUCAGUAGAAAUUUUUACAGUUUCGUUUCUACCAGCAGUAGGGAAAGAUUCAUAUUGGUUUACAGGUAAUUAGAAUACGACUAGCUGUUGCAAGGUCCAUUGUUCUUUAUACGCUGAUGGCAAUUUUAGUACAAAAUUUACAUGCUGAACCUGUAUGGAAUACGUAGCACUUGUAUGUCAGAAUGAUGCAGCAGUACAAAUGAAUUAAAUGAGCUUCCCAAUUGUUUGUUAUUUGGCAAGUAAUGGUGUAAUCAUGAAUAUAUAUUUUAAUAUUCACAAGUCAUCCAAAUUAUUAUUGCAUAAUGAUAGUUCACGGUUUGUUGCUUAACUUUUUCAUAUUGUUGAGGCAUUUACUUAGUACACUGUACUGCUAUUUCUGUUCUCAGUGGUUGUGAAGAUGUAAUCCGGAUGGCUAGACAUGAUUUUUUUUUUCUGUGGAAGGGCAAAAAAUGCUUUCCAAUGUUCAUUAAACAGGAAUUUUAUGCAUAGUUGGGAUAUAAGCAAUGUAUAUGAAUGAUGCAGCUUUAUAAUUAAAGGACUUGGUUUAGCUUCAGGGAACUGAACUUAGCAGCAGUUUUGACAUGUAUGCUUUAACAUUUUAUCUUCACUAGUUUAGGUAUAAGCGUAAUUUAUCUUAAUUAAGCAUACUCUAGCAAAAACUUUUUUAUUACAAAGUCUAUGUUUUGAGAUAAUUCAAGAUCAGUUUCACAAAAUACAUCAUACAAAAUGAGUAAUCUAAUAUUUUUUAAAUCUUGAUUUGAAUUGUCAAAGCAUUUUUUUGUUCAAGCACAAAACUGUAUUUAUUAGACUUUACUGUUUUAAAGAUACUUUAAAACUUUUAGUGACAUUUCCCUUAGUUUAUUUUUAUUUAAAAAACUACAGAAAAUCCAGCAAAUUUAGAGUUUUAGAAAAGGACAUUACUUUGUAUAACCUUUCCAAAUUAGAAAUGUAAAUGAUGAUGCUUUGCCAAAAUUUGAGGAAUUCCAAUGUAUUUUACAUGUUGUUUGUGCCUGGAUUAAGUGCUGAGGGCUUACAGCAAAUGAUUUUGUUGUGUUCUGCCAAAAAAGUUCAAGAAUAC